AUGGACACAGAAGAGACUCCUCUUCUUAACCGACCGGAUGUUUCUAUCAAGUCGAAUGUCGUGGCCGCUAUCGUUUCCACUUGGAUCGCUACGUUCCUCGCGGCUGCAGAUACGACCAUCACCGCGACACUUUCUUCGACGAUUGCCCACGAGUUCGACUCCCUUACGAUCAUCUCAUGGCUCGGCUCCGGGUAUUUGAUCGGCCUCACGGCUACGCAACCACUCAGCGGAAAAUUGAGUGACAUUUUCGGCCGAAAGGUCAGCUUCUGCUUCGCGACAUGCAUGUUUACGAUCGGGAACCUCAUCUGCGGCCUCGCCCGCUCGAAGGCUGUUCUCAUUUUGGCUCGAGUUCUCGCUGGUAUUGGAGGAGGUGGCUGCAUUUCGAUCGCUACCUUUAUUGCCUCGGAUCAUAUCCCCCUCAAGCGCCGCGGCACUUGGCAGGGGACGUCAGCAGUGAUGUUUACGCUCGGAAUCAGUCUAGGUGCAGUGGUUGGAGGUGCCGUCAAUGAUGCGUUUGGCUGGCGGUGGGCAUUUAUUGGAAUCGCCCCGAUCUCCCUCGUGUCGUGCGUGCUGGUUGCCAUAUUUCUUCCGAGCGGCAUGGAGAGGGAACAGGGUUUUCUUGAAAUGCUCAGUCGGGUUGAUUUUGCCGGCUGUGUCACCCUGGUUACGUCUUUGGUACUGCUUCUGGUCGGAUUGAACCACGAGGGCGAUCAAAUUGUGACUCUUCAAUUUUUCAUCACAAUUCCUCUCGGGGCCGCCUGCUUUGCACUCUUUCUUUUCAUUGAGUGGCAUUGGGCGAAAGAGCCUAUCAUUCCUCUGUCGCUCUUCCGUCGACGCAGUGUCGUUGCCACAUGUCUGACUGCGUGGUUCAUGUCAUCGUCGGUUUAUAUUCUCCUUUACUACGUGCCGCUAUACUUUCAAAUGCUGGGCCACACGCCUAGUGAGGUCGGGCUCCGGAUUCUACCGUACUCGAUAGGAUCCGGGGUGGGAUCAUUCCUGAUCGGCCUCAUUAUUCGAGUAACGGGAAAAUACGGAAGUUUCCUGUAUAUCACCCCGCUGUCCAUGGUCAUUGCCACGCUCGGAUUUGCCUUCAUCGAGAGAGAUAGUCCUUGGUUCGUCCCGGAGCUGUAUCUGCUCUGUAAGGGUGUUGGAAUUGGUGGCGCAAUGACAGUGUUAAUUCUUGCUAUGCUGCAUGUUGUGCCGCACCAAUCACACGCCACGGGCACGUCCGCCCUAUAUGCCUUUCGAUCGGUCGGUUCGACAGUGGGAUUGUCUGUUGCAAGUGCCAUUUUCUAUGGUGAACUGAACAAGUUUGAACGGGAAAGUGGGUCUAGCUGUAAACUGACAGAUGAUUGCUAUUUGAAUGCCCUGCAUGGAGCAUUUAGGUUGGCGGUAGCAUUUGCAUGUAUGGCAUUGCUUUGUGGAUUCCUGAUCGAAUCGAAUUCUAAAGGGAAGGAGAAAGAGGACGAGGUUGAUUAG